ACACACACGCACGUGCACGCACACACACACACAGCAUGUUCACGCGCGUCGCGCUGCACAGACGGAUCCAUAUUUCUCUCACGGGGCAGAGGUGCAUGUGAGCGGGGCGGUGGUGAGGUGUCGGCCGGACUGACCGACCUGCUGCUGGCGCUACCCGGAACCAUUAUGCAGACAGGAAACUACCAUUUUAACGCCAGCAGCAUCCGAGGAGCCGUCGUGUACGCGGGGGGACACCGAGGACCGACACGGGCCGGAAACCAGGCAGCAGAGGCCCGGAGAGGGGAAACCGCGACGGGAACCAAACAAAGGCGCCGCUGGAGCGAAGAGGAGCCGUGAAGGAGCAGCGAGGCGGCGGCGGCGGAGGAUGGAGGCUGGGGGCCGGAGCAGCGGAAGCGGUCCGUGUUAGCGGGACGGACGCGGAGGCAGAGCCGGAGCCGGAGCCAGGCCCUUCUGUGUUUUUCCAUGGAUGGUGAAAAAGGCCCCGCGGACAGGCAGCAGCUCCCCCGCUCCCACGGAGCUCCUCCAUGUUGUUAGUCUCUCGGCGCCGUGUUUCUGAGCUUCUCCCCCGCACACACGUCACCGGUUGCACGACCUGUCGGCCCGAAGUCUCCGGGUUGUGGCGGAGAAGGCGGACAGAUCCCGCGUCUCCCUCCCGGACACACGCAGCCGAGGUCCGGCGGACGAGCUCCGCAUCAGCCGGCUCCCGGAGGAACGCCACCAAGGGACAGAAGGGCAGUGAAGCAACGGUUCAUCCUCUGCUGAAAUAACGGACACACUCCGCUGACCUGGUUUUUUUAUUUUUUAAGUCGGCACACGCUUAUGGAACACUUUAGAGGAACACUACAGUUUUUUAGUAUGAUUUAGUAUACUGGCUAUUUAUGAACCUUUUUAUAACAUCCCACAGAAGCACUUAGAGGCUUCACUCUUGAAUGGAGACUUUGACUCACCUCUGAUAUAUUUAUGUGAGAAACUCAAGCAUCGGCUUCUGGUGGAUUACAGAGACUCGUUUGAAGUUUGUGGUAGAAAUCACGACAGUUCUACCUCCUGAAAAAACGCCUUAUUAGUUUAAUAAGGGUUCACUGCUGUUUCCAGCACCUACGGACUAAGUGCACAGGGUAGUUGUUGCCCUGGGACACUUUGUCACAGCCGAGUUGGAAGAUGUUUCAAUUCAGCAAGUACCCGAUGGACAUUCUAGAGAUGCUAAGUGGACACCAAGCCCAUCAGUUCAAAGGGCUUGGGUUAGAACGACAACUAAGUCACCAACAGCAGGUGCAGCUGCAGCAUCAGCAGCAGCUCCAGCAGCAGCACCAGCCCUCCGCCGACACCUCCGGAAGCCUCCUGUCCGGCCUCGGCCUCGGAUCCCUCCAGAGCUCGCGGAGCAACGCCUUCGCAGACUCCUCGUCAUUAUUUGCCAAAAUGGGUGCCCCGCCCACUUCCAUCUCCCACCAGAGCCAGUCCUCGUCUCACAGCUCCAGGAAGUCGAGUAAGAUGAGCAGCAGUAGCAGUGGCAGCUCCUCGGCGGGGUACCCCCAGUUUCUGCGGCCUUUUCACCCGGCCGAGGCGGCGCUGGCCCAGGAGCAGCUCCAUUCGGGGAUGGGACGUUUUGACUUUGGCGGGGGCAGUGGGGGAAGCUCGGGGGUCAUCGGGGGAGUCGUCACACCGGCGCCUCCACCUCCGCCGCUGCACCCGGGUCUCUCUAUCCCCCAGCCCUCCUCUGGUCCCUCCUCUUCCUCACCCACUCCCUCCACCUCUGCCUCAAACAACCCCUCUGGCAGCACCACGGUCCCCUUAGUCGGCCAGUCUGACCCCCGCAGCCUCCACCAGCAGUUCAGCUGCAUGCUCGCCGCCAACCAGUACUUCCUGUCUGGUGUCCCCACUAACAGCAGCCUGGAGCAGUUCCUCGUCCAGCAAGGCACUCACAACCACCUGGGCUUAGGCCUCAGCCAAGGGCCCACAGACUCAAACUCGGCCCUGGCGCCUCCCCCCGCCCUCCACUCCUCCCACAGCCACAGCCACUCGGCUCCGCAGCCUCAGCAGCAACAACAGCAGCUGACCCCUCAUGCCUUAUCUCAUCCACACAGCCACACUCACCACCCGCACCCCCUCCACCCGGCCCCCCAGCCACCCCCACUGGGUGGCUUUGAUUUCCAAGGCAUCCCGGUCCUUUCCUCCAACCAGAUAGCAUCGCUAAUGCAGCAAGAGGCCGGCCUCCCCCUCCCUCUUCCUCUCCACCUGUCCCUGUCUAAAGACGAUUCAAAGUCAGGGGACGGCUCAUCGACUUCCAGCGGAGGGAGCAGGCGAAAGAAAGCAAUGGCGGGCUACCUGCCUCAGAGGAAAUCAGAGCCCCCCGGCAACUCGAGUGGACACAGUCAAGGUCCUUCAUCAGGCCUCGUGGGAGGGGGACCUGGGGGAGUUGGGUUAAGCGAGUCGCAGCAUUCAUCUCUUCUCUCGCCGUCCUCACAGCAACAGUCUUCCUCCACCGUCUCCUCCUCUUCGUCCGCCCCGCCUUCCUCAAACUCCACCUCUGUGCUCGUAGCCAACGGUAGCCAGCAGUUGUCCAAAUCCAGAGAGCGUCACAGUAGUAGUUCGUCUCGCCAAACCGAACCAGAGCCCCUCUAUCACUGUGGUGAAUGUGGUAAAACCUUCACCCACCUCUCCAGCCUCCGAAGGCAUCUCCGCAGCCACGGCUUGACACCAGAAAGCCAAAGCAGGAAGUCGGACUGUAACUCCCCGAGCCCAGAGAGGGUUUUCUGCUGUGGUGAGUGUGGAAAGAGAUUUAAAAAGAGGGGUCACCUCAUCCAGCACAGCGUCACCCACUCGGAGAACCGGCCUUUCGGCUGCAACAUCUGCCAGAAGUCCUUUAACCGCCGAGAGUCGCUCACGAGACACGAGAAGAUCCACGACGAGAAGCCGUUCCGCUGCCCGGCCUGCGGACGAUGUUUCCGUGAGAGCACCUCCCUUCUCAACCACGCUGCUUCCGGAGCCUGUGGGAAACCUCCCCGGAGUUCAAAAAACCGGGCCAGCGGCGGAGGGAGCGGCUCGUCCCUCCCGAGCAGCAGUAAGAUGGAAGGCAGCGGAGGAAGGGAGAGCAUUUCAAACAAUGGGGCGGCGAUGGCGAACGACAAGUACGCAACGGAUUAUUCCAGAAAUCGCUACCAGAACCAGCCGCCCUACAACAGCGGCGUGGAUGUGUACAGACGCUCCCAGUCUUCGUCUCUGUACUCCCCAGCCACGACGCUCUCCAGUGACAUGACCAACCCGACUCUCCGUAAAGCCCCUUUAGCCCCAACUCUUCAUCCCCAUCCUCAAAGUCAGCAACCGCAGCAUCACCACCACCAACAACCACCACAGCAGCAGCCGCACCUCCCCCUCUCCUCCCUAUUGGAUGAUUCGGAGGAUGAGGUCACCAGCAGUGCGAUGUCGGCCAUCGCCGCUGCAGCCGCGGCUUCCUGUGACAUAAACAACGAGGGCCGGGAAGGAGAGAGGAGGGAUAUCAUUGGAGGCCUGCUGGGGGGGUUGGGGUUUGGUAACUUGGGUGGACCGUCGUCCACGUCCAGCCUCAACGGUUCCACCAUGCCUUUAACCCACCCCAGCCACCCCCACACAAAGCCCAGGAGGCCGAGGAAGCCCAGAGAGAAAAGGGACCCGAGCACCAUCGUCAGGAGGAGGAGGAACCCAGCGCCGCCAGGGGAUGGCUCAGAGCGGCCGUAUGGAUGUCAGAUCUGUGGCAAACGCUUCAGGAGGGCGGAGACGCUGCGACGCCACACCCGCGUUCACACCGGGGAGAAACCUCACUCCUGCGACGUGUGUGGAAAAAUGUUCCGCGAGCCUUUCCACCUCACCAAGCAUCUGACCGUGCACUCGGGUCAGAAGAACUACAAAUGCAACCUGUGUGGGAAGAUGUUUGCCUACGCUCAGAGCCUGGUGAGACACGGGAAGCUGCACAGAAAAGGGGAGAUCGACAACCAGGGGCGGAGAGUAAAAGGUGCCGCGGCCGCUAUCAGUCAGGUCGCCAACUCGGGGAACUCUGACUACUUCUGCUCCCAAGGAGAAAAGUCUCCAACCACUGGCACCCCCUCCCAGAGGCUGUACACCUGCACCGUGUGCUGGAAGUCAUUCCGCCACUACUUCCACCUGACGGCACAUCAGCAGACCGUGCACGGCGGGGGGGUCGGCCUGGAAAAGUCCUUUCGUUGUGAGGUGUGUGGAAAAGCCUUCGCCUACUCCAACAGCUUAGUGCGACACAAGUUGUCCCAGCACGGAAUCGACCGCAGCGGCCAGCGAGUCAACCAGUCCCAACCCACCGGAUACUCGCCCCUCUUCUACGACUCAGGAUCAGGUUCCAACUACACUGGGCCGUCCCACAUGCAGCAGGGGGCCGCCGGGCAGCAGGGGGCCGCCGGGCAGCAGCCACCACCGCAACAACCGCAGCUGCAGCAUCCUUUUCACUACCACUCAAAAAACUUCCAAAAGCGACAAGGACAGACAAGAAAGCCCAAAAAGAAAAAAAAGCGCGUGGUGAUCCACAGCAUCAUGAGAGACGGGAAGCUGGUGGGUGUGCCGCUGAGCAAAGACACUCGCAAGAAGCUGCUGGUUCUGAGGAAACGAAGAGGAAGACUACAGGCGCAGAUCAACAAGAAGAAGCUCCUGGCUCAGCUGAGGAUGAAGGGCGGCAUCAUGAGGGUGAAGUCGUGGAGUGGCGGCGCCGUCAAAGUCACGGGCCUCACUUCCAUGGACAUCCCAAUAAAGCGCUUUCCCUGCCCCAUUUGCCCCACCACCACCUACGCCAAGCACGGCGCUCUGCUGGUGCACCACGCCAUCAGGCAUCCGCCAAGAAACUCAGGCCGCCAAGCCCGACUGCGGUGCCUGGUGUGUGGGAGACGCAGCAGCUCGUUACACAAAGCCUUGAAACACCGGGGCCAGCACCUCAAACAAGCUGCGUUCCAGUGCCGCAAAUGCCGACGCCGUUUCUGGAACCCUCUGCUGCUGGCCCGCCACAAGUUAUCCUGCCGGGGGAUGAGCACCAGCAGCGUGGACUGGGGACUGAUGAAGAUCAAAUCUCCGUCGUCUCUGGAGCAGUCAGACGCUGAGCGCUCACCGGUGCCGCCGCCGGCCCCAGUUCUGGUCCAGCCGGAGAGAUCAACAGUUCUGACUGAGUACAGUCAGUAAAAAGACAAACAGUUUUCUAGAAUAGAUUGUUUUGAUGUUUAUUUUUCUUAAAUAAUCCAAGAAGCAGCAAGUUUUUAACACAACCAGGAGGGAGGAUGGGGGGGGGCGGGUUUCGUGUAACUGCCAUAACAUCCCCACGCAGAUGAAUCUGUAAACAAUCCUCACUUCCUGCGGAGGUGGUGGAUAAAUUAACACGGACUUCAAACAGCCCAGAAUCAGAACCACUCUGUCUCCUCUUCCCCGAAGGCGAAGGAACUUUAGACCACGUGACGAUUUUAGUAGCACCUCAUCCACUGUCCUCCAUCAUUUAUGUUUUUAAUUUUGUACUUCUCCCAUUAGCAGUGUUUCCACAUGAAUAUGGAUCGGAUGCCUACUGUAGAAGUGAGGACCCUUUUUAGUACCAGUUUAUUUUUACACAUUACUCACAGUUACACAGCGUAGUCCUCGUCUCUUGCUCUGUCUGUUUAUCUGUACCCCCUCCCAGUGGAGAAUCUCUCUCUUUUUAUACUGAGGCAACGAGCCCUUCAGAUAGAACCACAUUCGAAGAAAACAGAAAUGGUGACCGGACUCGGCCUCGUGAACGUGACGGGCCGAAGUGUUGACAGUGACUGAAAAGGAGGAAAAAAGGAGUUCAGAGAAAACAGUGAAGUGUUGGUGACCUUGUUUUUAACGUACACUACUUUUGUGGAGUUUUUUUUAAAAAGAGGUGUUGAUGAGGAAAAACAACUCAAAUUGUUAAUGUGUCCAGGAUUUGAAAAGGAGAACAGAAAUAACCAGAGUGUACUGUACAAUUCGUAUUAUAUUUUAUUAUAUAUUGAUUAUUUGCUGUUUUUUACUCCAAGUAUCAUUUCUUUUAUCAUUGUUGGUAUUGUACGGGUGGGAGGGAACGAGCUGGGGGCUCUUUGUAAAACAGCGGGAUGAGUAUAUGUAUCAGUGUGAUAUUUUUUUUCCUCCCUCCCUGAAACCCUCGGACCUUCUCCCUCAUCGCCGCAGUUAUGCCCAACUUUUUUGUAACAAAAGCGUGUACACAUAGUUCAUUACUUAGGUCCUGUCCAGACGUGUUUUUCUUUUUUUCUGUAAAACUAAAACAUGUAAUAUUAUUACUAAAUUACUAUCCUUUUCUUUGCCUAAAAAGUGAGUUGUUGAAAACCCUCAAAACGAAUAAAAAAAAUCUGAAAUGUU